AUGGGAGAGACUGGCAAAGCAAAGUAUACUACCGUCUAUGAUACCGGAAAAGAACUGUUCCUUGGAACAUGGGAGAGUAGAGGAAUCGAUGGCGUCGGUAUUCUCGCCAAAACGAAUGUGGUCACGAACAUCGGUUCAUUCGAACAACUAAACCCGAAUCGGAAGUCUACGAUUGAAGAGAUGUGGAUUAAUACCAGCUUAGGGAUAAUCUUCGUCGCUUACGCACCGACAUCGAGCUAUGACGAAGCCGAAGUUGAAGCGUUCUAUGUGGAUUCGGAGAAGUUCUACAGGCAGGACCGUACGUUCCAUAAAGUCAUCAUUCGAGAUUUUAAGUCUAAGGCUAGACUCAGAAGGAUGUCUGAGGAACGUCUCACAUUAGGACCCACUGAUUAG